AUGUGUUUCUGUGCAAUUUUAUUUGUUUUUGGACAGUUGAUUCUUUUUGCAGAAGGAUCAUGCACAUUUCCUAGUUACUUGGUUGGAGAAUGGACAAGUGCAGAAAGGGGCAGUCUAACCAUCACAACAAAUACUAUAUAUAACUACAAAGUGUUCAUUCCGUCUGCGGACCCGAAUAAUCCUACGAUUGACUAUUACAAUUUCACUUGUCUAACUCAAGUCAGUACGAAUCGCUAUACAAUCAAAUCUGUCAACUUCAAUGUACUGUUUGGAACCAACGUCUUCUUUUAUAUCUGCCUUGAUAUCUAUAAUGUAAAUGACCAGUUAAACUAUUACUACCAUGCAACAGCUGUUGAUAAUUUGAUUCGUGAAAACAUGGUGGGUAUUGCUGAGGAUAGAUCUAAUUCCCAGGAGAGUAUUUGUACACGGAGCUACAUAGAUCCUGUCAACUUCAUAACGCUACUACGAAAGGAUGCGGUGGAAAGUAAUGCAAUUCAGACUUUAUGCCCUGAAACCUUACAGAUGGUGUAUAGUAACAUCACAUUUACAAGUAACUCGGCUACAUCAGACAACUGUGCUACAGCACAACUGGAUGGCUGCACGAAUAAAACUAUGCUUAAUUUCUCACAGGAUGGAUGCACUCAAACAACCCUUUCGGAUGGCGGUGUUUACACGUGUAUCUAUUCGAAAACUAUUGAUGGUCAGCUGUAUUUUUCUGCGUGGAAUAAUGACGAGACCAUUUCUUCUACAACUUACAGAUUUUCCUGCUUUAAAAUGACGAAUUAUUUGAAUGGUACGGUGUUUCUGGAAGAGAAUCCAAACUUUUGUGGAAAUUCUGUAAACUUUACAGAGUAUCCAUCUGCAAGUGCUUCUGUGGAGAUCAAAGACAUCACAGAUUCCUGUCAAACUAUACUCCCAACAACAACUGAGGCUCCUUUCGUAGCCGACCUAAACUACCUCUUCAUACUUUUGGGACUGUUUAUGAUUGUCGUAAUUUUUAUUUCUGUUCUGCUAUUCAAACGCCUUAAACUUUAUAUGAAGAAGAGAAAAGAGGAAAGGGCAUUUGAUGUAAGAAAAAGAGAGAAAGUGAGACCUCAACAUUUCAACCCUAAAAGAUCAAUCGUCAACACAUCGAAACCUGUUAAUUAUUUUAAACCUAAACGACCGAUCCAAAUCGUACCUCUGUUCAAAUCCGAGUUCAGUAUCGAGAAUCUGCCAAUCCAACCGCCUCCAAAGAUAACAUGCAUUUACACGGACUCGAUCGUGGAUUACAUGCGAGGAAGGAUUCGGAGACCAGAUGGACUAAGUUUAUACAGCUUUGAUUCCGCCAUCUUUAGAGCAACAAGUCCACUAUCAAGCAUUUCUGUGGUUAGUAGAUAUACACCUGAUAAGGACGAUGAUGACGAUGACGUGUCAUUUGGAUCGGCAUCUUGCUAG